AUGUAUCAGGGUUCCUUCGCGCAUGCGUAUUACAGCUUCGUUCGAAACCGAGCGAGGGAAAAACAAACCGACUCCUGCAGCUGUCACCUCGAUGUCAUGCCUCUCUGUGUGCUGUCGGAGGGGGCGGGGCCUGGCACCCAGGUACCAGCACACCUGACCAGAAUUUCCAUCCCACUCAUCACCAGCAGCACCGACUGCUCCAACAAAACAGUCAAGGGGAAAGUGAUUCGGAAAGGCCCGCUGGUGUCGUUGGCAGCUGACGACUUCAUCUUGAAGACUGUCAUCCAAGAGGAAGAAGAUUCACAGUCGAUCGCCUCCAUCAACGUGGUUCUGUUCGGAGCUCUGGCCAAAGACUUCAGUCAGUCUGUCAGUCAAGGGGAUGUGGUGUUGGCCUCUGGCUUCACCACCAGCAAAUCUCCCACAGUUCAUAAAGACAAGCUGCACCCCUGUAACCUGCUGCUGUCGGGAGACGACGCCUGUCUUUACGUGUCCUGCCCGCCGCCUCCUCCUGACCCCAGAUCCCCGACGGCCAACAAGAGGAGCGCCGUGCUCUCGGCCGAGGUUUCCAGGAGGACUAAGGUUCCUAAAUACACGUACGUGGGUCUGGGAGACCUGAAGGCCGGAUCUGUGGUCAACGUGUUUGGUGUGGUGGUUUUCUUCAAACAACCAUUCAGGAGCCGGGGAACAGAUUUCUGCUCGAGCCUGAAGAUCACUGAUCAGUCCAACCAGAAGAUCAGCUGCACCAUCUUCUGCGAGAAGCUGGACGACCAUCCCAAAAUCUUCCAGAUCGGAGACAUCGUCCGUCUGCACAGAGUCAAGACUCAGUUCUUUAACAGCUCCAUCACGCUCGUCAACACCUUCGGUUUCUCUGUGGUGACGUUCGAUGGGGCGGUGGGCGGAGCCGUGGAGCCACGGACCUCCAGCCGAUCCUUCCACUUCGACGAGGACGACCGUCGCACCGUGGAGGAGCUGAGAUCCUGGGCGGCCGGACAGACCCUCCUCCUACCCUCAGCUCCCACAAUCCCUCUGUCCGACGUUCAGCCCAGAGCGUACUUCGACCUGACCUGCCAGCUGCUCGCCAAAGCCCCGAUCGACACCACCUGCACCCUGCUUAGGGUGUGGGACGGGACCAGGUGUAGUCGGACUCUGCUGAAGGUGAUAGUCGAGCCGAACGUCACUGAGGGGCCGUCGUCCUUCUCCAAGGAGAAAGAGAAACUCAUCGCCAACAUCCUCGUCUACGACAACCACGUGGAGGUCGCCAGGCAGCUGAAGCCUGGAGACUUCCUGAGGAUCUACAACCUGCGAGCAAUUACAGGAUCCAGUAAGGUCCCUGGCCUCACCAGCAGCCAGUCGGAGGAGGUGGACCACCUGGCUUUUCACCUGCAUGGAGGGACGGCGUAUGGGAGGGGUAUUCGAGUUCUUCCAGAAAACAGUCCUGAUGUUCAGGAACUGAAGAGAACCCUCGAGGCCUUCCCAGAAGAUGACAAUGACGAAUUCGCUGAGCUGAAUGACUCAGAGUUGUUGGACGUCUGGAGCACUCCACCAGAGUCUCUGGACGGUGAAACAGUCGAGUGCAGCACAGAGAGAAGCUGCGGUCACAACCUGCAGCCGGUGACGCUGUCCGAGGUGAAGCAGUCCGAUCCGGGUCGAGUUCACCACGUUAGAGUCCAGCUCAGAUCCUACGAGCCCCGCAGACUCUACCAGGCUCUGAAACUCUACUGCAGCAAGUGUACAACGAUGCUCGAGGUCCCAGAUGAUGACCUGGUGUCUGGUCUGUUCUCGGAGGCGUCCAGAGACUAUGAACCCUACAGUCCUCCACCGUGGUCAGUGUCCGGACGGGUGGACGUCCCUGGAGACUCGAACCGAGCUCUGAACGUGCACCUGUCCACCCAGCUCCUGUCCGAGGGCCGAACCAAGGAGCUCAUCUUCCUCAUGGGUUCGACUCUGGAGGAGACGCGACGACUGACGGCCGGCUACCAGAACGUCGUCCCCGUGAGGUCGUCAGGAGGUCACCUGACUCUGCUCGACCUAUCAGCUCCUUUCCUGUUCAGAGGCAGGAAGAGAUUCUACGGGUGUAAACGUUGCUCUGAUGUCGCGCUCAGGGAGCCGUGUGCUGAGGGAGUCGAGGCGAUCGAUGAGAAGAUGGUUGCAGAAGCUCUCGGCGUUCGGCCGCUGAGGUUCGUCCUGCUGAUGAAGCUCGAGCUGCAGGACGCCACCGACACGCUGGACGUCUUCCUGUGGAGAGACGCCGAGUUAUUCUUCGGUGUGUCGGCAGAGGACGCAGCAGCCAAUCAGGAGGCUCAGAGAAGCAUCCAUCAAACCAUGGACACACUCUGUCCACCAGAGGGCAGCACAGGUGUGCGUCCGUGGCUCAACCUCUGUCUGACGGCGUAUCGAGCAGCAGGUGACGAGGACCAGAGCCAGACCUGCUACCAGAUCUGUCACACCAAACCCUCCUCCUCCUCUGCUCGGUCUGAACCGGACCCGGCCUGAACCACCUGCAGGUUUAAAGGUCUCUGGUAAAAAUCAGAGUCCUGCAGGAAAAAAAACAGUUUCUACCCGUUUGUGUUUCACCUCCUGCUGUGGAUUUUAUUUUUAUUUAUUGUAUAAAGUGAAUAAAUGUUCAUAAACUGUAGCUGUGAAAAUAUUUUUAAACUUCAUCCUCUUUUAAUGACUCCUUGAUAAUAAAAGCCUAAAUAAUGACUUUUAA